UAAAUGUAGGCAUCCUGUCCUUCCAGAAUCACAUCGAAGAUUCGACAGGCAUUGGAACUGCGAGACUGGGCGAACAACAGAUCUUCAACAAAUCUUUUCGAGUAGAUCCUUCUUUGACUUCAAAAGUGAACAUGGGCCGACUGUUCUUGCUUCUGGCAUUCGCUGCUGUUGUCGGGCUUGUUUCUAGCCUUCCGGCAUGCACGGAUGAUCCAAAGGGGACGAACUACAGAGGGGAUUUAUCUGUAACUUUGAGCGGUAAAACAUGCCAAUCUUGGACAUCUCAGACCCCUCAUGGACACAGCAGGACACCCGACAACUACCCGGAUGCAGGCCUUGGAAACCACAACCACUGCAGAAACCCUGACGGGGCCUUCACUGCAUGGUGUUACACUACUGAUCCCGAUCGCCGAUGGGAAUAUUGUGCCAUUGGUGAUUUCAGUCGACAAUGCACAGAUCCUGAGUACUAUGAGGAACCCAGUGGCACCGAUUACCGGGGAUACGUCUCUACUACAAGGACCGGACUCGAAUGCCAGGCAUGGACUUCCCAGAGUCCUCAUGGACACUCUCGCACUCCUGAAAACUACCCUGAUGCUGGCCUGGGUAACCACAACUACUGCCGCAACCCUGACAACUCGGACUUUGCCUGGUGCUACACAACCGACGCUGGCACUCGCUGGGAGUACUGCAACAUCGGGUUGCCAGCAUUUGAUGAAGACUACCUGGUAUACUGUGUGGGAUCGCCUUCUAAUUCAAACAUUAUAAAUGUAGGCAUCUUGUCUUUCCAGAAUCACAUCGAAGAUUCGACAGGCAUUAGAACAGCGAGACUGGGCGAGCAACAUAUCUUCAACAAAUCUUUUCGAGCAGAUCCUUCUUUGACUUCGAAAGUAAACAUGGACCGACUGUUCUUGCUUCUCGCACUCUCUACUGUUGUCGGGGUUGUUUCUAGCAUUCCGGCAUGCACGGAUGAUCCAAAUGGGACAAACUACAGAGGGGAUUUAUCUGUAACUUUGAGCGGUAAAACAUGCCAAUCUUGGACAUCUCAGACCCCUCAUGGCCACAGCAGGACACCCGAUAACUACCCGAAUGCAGGCCUUGGAAACCACAACCACUGCAGAAACCCUGACAGGGCCUUCACUGCAUGGUGUUACACUACUGAUCCCGAUCGCCGAUGGGAAUAUUGCGCCAUUGGUGAUUUCAGUCGACAAUGCACAGAUCCUGAGUACUAUGAGGAACCCAGUGGCACCGAUUACCGGGGAUACGUCUCUACCACAAGGAACGGACUCGAAUGCCAGGCAUGGACUUCCCAGAGUCCCCAUGGUCACUCUCGCACUCCUGAUAACUACCCUGAUGCUGGCCUGGGUAACCACAACUACUGCCGCAACCCUGACCGCGAAGACUUUGCCUGGUGCUACACAACCGACCCUAAUACUCGCUGGGAGUACUGCAACAUCGGGUUACCAGCAUUUGAUGAAGACUAAUGAGGGAGUCAGUCAUGAAGAUUUAUUGUCUUCUUAAAAUAUCAGAUACUGGUUGUGUGGGGAUGUGUUUCUGGAAAUAUAUCAUGGUCAUAGAUAUUCAUUUCUGCACAUCUCUUGAAACAAGUUUAGUUUAGUUUAGAGUCAUAGGGUAUUUCGAAGCCACUCCAUUUUCACGUUUUAUUUAUGAUUACCUUAGUUACCAUAGCUACCAUAUUUACCAUAGUCUCCUUGUAAGUCAUGGUGGGUCAUCUUAAUUUUUUCAAUAAUUUUAUUGUAGACUAUUUAGACAAUUAUGUAUUUAUGCAUAGAACAGACUUUUCGUAGUAUUUUCACAUUACCCGGCAUCUUUAUGACAACAUUAUUAUGAAAAUAGUACUCUACCAGAUUUGCUUUUUUAUCGUCUCAUCUAAUGUCAGUUGAUUUGAAUAUUAACAAAUACACAUUAUCUUAAAUGAGUAGCAGAUCGUGAAAGUGUACACUUAAAAUGCUUUUUAUGUUACAGUAAACCAUUUAACUUUCAUAGAAUAUUCUUGAUAACUAAAUUAAGGUGAGUCUGUCCCUACAGGGAAGGGGGUUUUUUUAUCUUUCGCUAUUGAUUUAUCGCCACAUCUAUCUGUUAAAGCUAUAAAACACAAUUAAAUCAUUUCAAACAU